UCCGUUAAAGAAAAACCAAUCAAAUCUUUGUAAAAACCAAACAAAAACCACACCUCAGAUUGUAAGAAAUUAACAGACUUAACACAACAAAGUGCACACGAGCCAGACAAACUCCUUCAGAACUGCUUUUGUAAUUGUUUAUGAGCAUCACCAUGCGUCAAAAAGAUCUGCGCCCAGCCCCCGCUCUAAUCGAGUACAAGGGCAUGAAGUUCCUAAUCACCGAUCGACCAUCAGACAUAACAAUUAACCAUUACAUUACGGAACUGAAAAAGAACAAUGUCAACACUGUGGUGCGCGUAUGCGAGCCCAGUUAUAACACCGACGAGCUCGAGACACAAGGCAUUACUGUCAAGGACCUGGCCUUUGAGGACGGCACCUUCCCGCCUCAACAAGUCGUUGACGAGUGGUUUGAGGUCUUAAAGGAUAAAUAUCAGCAAAAUCCCGAGGCUUGCGUCGCCGUACAUUGCGUGGCUGGUCUGGGACGGGCUCCUGUUCUGGUUGCCUUGGCACUGAUUGAAUUGGGCUUAAAAUACGAGGCAGCUGUGGAAAUGAUUAGAGAUAAACGACGUGGGGCCAUCAAUGCCAAGCAGCUAUCCUUCUUGGAGAAAUACAAGCCAAAGGCGCGACUAAAGCACAAAAAUGGCCAUAAGAACUCAUGUUGUGUGCAAUAGAUUUCCAAAACCAUAUGUAUAUUCCCACCAGAUAAAAAGUGUUCAUUUUUUCAAAAACAAAAAAAGAUGCAAGCGGAAUAGAAAAGCAAGUAAAGAAAUAUGAAUUGAUAGGCAACCAAACGAGAAACGGAAAUAACCAACUACCACAGUGAACCCAAAAUUAUAGACGAAAAAUUUGAACCACAGCCCCAGUAAUUAUUAAACCUCAAAUCUCAAAUUGAAAUGUAUUGGCAACAAUUGUGUAAUUUGUAUGUAUUAAUUAAUGUAAUUUAUAAUGUUAUUUUACGAUUCGAUUCAGCCACCCCAUACCAAGCUAAAAAAAGAGUUUGAUUUACACCCACAGCAAAUACAAACAGACACGCAUAUAUUAAUUAUGAACGGGCCCGUAUACCCCAUUAAAUGGUUGUAGAAGGCUCGUUGAAGUAGAAAAACCCUGUUGUUCUGCAUUAAAAUAUUCUGGAAUAAACAAAAUAACUAAAUGUUAAAUCAGCAAGCGAAGGGAAAUAUUAAAAAAUUCUUUAAAGAGCAACAUAGAGGAAAAGUGUAGGGAGAAAAAAUAUCUACUUAACAGUCGUAUUCUAAAAACGGGAAAAUGUACUUAAUCGCAUAUUAGUUUGGAGCGUAGCCCCCUCAAAAUCUGCUUUACUUAUAUUUUACUGUUUAAUUUCCUCUUAAGUGACACUUUUUAGCUAUUAACAAAGCAAGGCAUACAUCUAAAUAGAUACUUGAUUUUUAAUACACUUUAUAAAAACACAUUUAUUUAUAUUAGAGCCUGCUUUUUAAAUGCUAAACAAGAUGCUUAUUUGAAAACUACAAUACCAAUCAGCCUCGCACACAAGUGCAUAACUCCUUGUGCAUCUGUGUGUGACUCAAAUAUAUGUAUCUAUAUAUAUGUAAUUAAAUAUACAUAUGUAUUAUGAAACUACCGAGUUUUACAUUAAUGACUACAUACAUUUAGACUCAAAAAUUGCAAGCAGUAAUCAAGCAAAUAAAGAGAAUACUUCGAACCAGCAGCAGCAACAAAAAACACGAGAAAAAUUGAGAAAAUGAACAUGAAAAAAAAUUAAACCUUAUUGUAAACAACAAAUUAACAAAUUAUUGUGUCUGAGAGGAGGCGAUGAAAAAGCACGAAGAAAAAACACAAGCCGAAAAUAAAAACAAAUAUAAUGCUUACAAAAUAAUUUAUCCAAAAUAUUGAAUUGUAAUUUUUUAAAAUGUUAGUCAUUACAAGGAAAUAAAAAUGAUCUAUAUUAAAAUUAAAAACUGACAUACUAACUGGCUAAUUACUUGUUAUAUUUUGGGUUCGACUCAUCUCAUCGUUUUGUAACGACUAAAAGAAUUUUUAUGGACUAUCGACAUUAAAGAAUUGAUAAUUGAUACGUUCUAAUGAGAUUUUAUUUAGUUGAGAGAGCCAACUUCGUUCGUUCAGUUAACUACUUUCAGCUGAGGAAAACACACGAAAUGUCGAACUGGAACUAUUUACUUUUAUUGGUUUUCUUGAUGCCACGUAGCCAUUGCAAUGAAAACAGUUCAAAUAAGACUAAGCUGUUGUUUGAUGAAACCGAGUAUCUCCUCUACGAAAUUGGUCUGCACCAUAAGUCGCUGUACAGUGAUAACCAAUCUUGCCCCAAUAGGUCUCAAAAUGUAAUAGAUGUACACGGUACUUAUGUCAAUGCCAGUAAUUUACUGGAAACAAUUCGGGACCAAUAUCUGUUUCUGAAGAAAACGUAUAAAUCUGUUUGCGCAAUAAAAACAGGAGCUAUAUAAAGAGGCCACACUCAAGGCCCAAAUUAAUUGUAAAAUGCUGUUUAAUUAAAUAUUAAAAUCGAAAAACCAUUCAAUUUUAA